UACGUCUUCCCCCCUCAUACCAUAUAUAAAACUGGCCACCCAUAUCAGCUUUUCUAUCCUCUGAGUUCCGGUUUGGGUGUCACCAGAGAGAGAGAGAGAGAGAGAUGGACACCCAAUCAGCCCCAGCUCAGAGAAGCCAUGCCGUUUGUAUCCCAGGUCCAUACCAAAGCCACAUAGGAGCAAUGCUAAAACUGGCAAAGCUUCUGUACGCAAAAGGUUUCUACAUAUCCUUUGUGAACACCGAGUACAACCAUCGACGCUUGCUGAAGUCGAGGGGACCUCGAGCCCUCGACGGCUUCAGUGGCUUUCGGUUCCUGACCAUCACCGACGGCCUUCCUCCCUCGGAUGCAGACUCGAGCCAAGACCUCGCGGCUGUUUGUGAUUCUGUCAGAAAGAACAUGGCUGCUCCAUUUUCUGAUCUCAUCUCCAAUCUCAACCACACCGCACCGAACUCAGAUGUUCCUCCAGUCACUUGCAUCUUCUCCGAUGGAUUCAUGUCGUUUGCCACCAACGAAGCUGCUCAAGAAUUCGGCAUUCCUAUCGUACACUUGUGGACAAUCCCCGCCUGCUCCUUCAUGGGAUUCAAACAAUACCGGACACUGAUGGAAAAGGGUCUCGCGCCAUUAAAAGAUACCAGCUACUUAACAAACGGCUAUUUGGAUACAAUAAUUGACUGGAUUCCAGGAAUGAAGAAUAUUACAUUGCGGGACUUGCCAACCUUCUUUCGCAGCACAGAUCCUGAAGACAUUAUGUUCAAUUUUGCAAUGGAUGCCGCUGAGAGAGCAAAUACUGCCUCCGCAAUGAUUUUCCAUACAUUUGACGCCCUUGAAUCGGAAUUGCUUGAUGCUCUAUCAUCGAUGUUUCCUCGCGUUUAUGCAAUUGGGCCACUCUCGUUACUUGUCGACAAACUAGUGAAGGAAGAGAGUCCCCUGAAAUCUGUUGACUGCAAUUUGUGGAGAGAAGAUACAGAGUGCCUUCGAUGGCUCGACUCGAAGGAACCGAAGUCGGUUCUAUACAUUAAUUUCGGCAGCAUAGCUGUCUUGACAAGAGAAGAGCUUGUUGAGUUCGCAAUGGGACUGGCCAACAGCAAACAUCCAUUCUUGUGGAUAAUUAGGCCAGACCUUAUCAGUGGGGAUUCGAUAGUUCUUUCUCGAGAAUUCAUGAAAGAAACAGAAGGAAGAAGUAUGCUUGCAGAUUGGUGUCCACAGGAGGCAGUUCUCAACCACAUAGCGACCGGAGGGUUCUUAACGCACUGCGGAUGGAACUCUAUAAUCGAGAGUGUAUCGGCAGGAGUCCCAAUGAUCUGUUGGCCGUCUUUUGGGGACCAGAGCACAAACUGCACCUACGCUUGUAGUAAAUGGGAGAUUGGUCUGGAGUUAUCAGGUAUGGUCAGAAGAGAGGAAGUGGAAAGACUAGUGAGGGAAUUGAUGGAAGGAGACAAGGGAAAACAAAUGACAGGAAGAAUCAUAGAGCGGAAAAAACUAGCACAGGAGGCAACAGAUCCAAAUGGAUCAUCGUCCAAAAACUUGGACAAGCUGUUGAAUGAACUUCUAACUUAAAUAUAGCACCGGACGUCUGUUUGUGCAACAUUGCUACCACAGGCAAUUGUUUGUUCACAGUAGCUUUGUACUUUCUUUAUGGGUUCCUAUAAUGAGAUUGUAUGUUCUCAUCGGUGUGUUUCAAGAGGCUUGCACAGACUACCUAAUUCAUCUAUCCUAUAAACUUGUUCCCAACAAGAAGAGCUAUCU